AUGGAGGCGAACCGCCGCGUCGCCCGCCCAUCUCGGCCUUCUCGUCCUCCUCGUGUCGCUAGCCUUCAGCGUUCCGUUGUCUCUGCGUUUUUCGCGGCGCAACUCGCGUCGCUUUGCGCCGCUGGCGAACCACCCGCGUUCGAGUCGCCGGCUGCGUUCCCAAGGCUCCCAGCAUACGGCCUUUCCCCUAAGCUUCCCUCUGCCUCGGCGUCGCCCCCGCCUGCAGCGUCCGCCCUCUCGCCGCUUGACCCCUCAGCGCCGCUGCCCUCCGCCGCGCCGUCCGCGGCGCAGGUGCCUGGCUUGCGCGACCGCGCAGCGCCAGCCCCCGUCGGCGUCGACCUCGUCAGAAGGGAGACCCGGGUCGCAGAGGCGUCUGCGUCGCCGACUUGGUUCGCUCGCGCUUCCGCGGAGCUCGCAGAGCCGCACUCGGCUCGCCGCACGCCGAAGCAGGACCGCGAAGAAGACGAUGGGGAGUCGCUGGGAGGACCAACUCUGUGA